AUGGUUUUCCAAUCUCAUACUUAUUCAACAAUCCACGGCUUGGCCCUCUCUAAAUGUUGUCUAACAAUAUCCCCUCUCGCAUACCAACCAAAGAUUGUACCCUUAGUUCGUGGCCAUACUUGGAGUCGGCAUGCGACUGAGUUGUGGCAAAUCUCCACCACUUCACUUCACGUGGAUCUACUCCAGCAUAUCACGGCUCUCGCAUUCGCUUUGAGUCUCUUUCUUCUCAUCUUACAUGACGCAUACGGCAAGCUAUACCUAAACAGGCAUUGGGAACGACCUGGCUUCUGCUGUCCGACCAUUCGGGGCUUGUUGAAAUAUCUCAUUCAGCAUUCUCUCACUUUCGUCUAA